CUUCCUAUGAUCUUAAAUUACUCACUCAUUAAAUAUGCAGGCGCUGGCCUUCAAGUUCUAGGAGCAAACGAAGCGACAGCGAUAGCCUUAGGUACCUAGGUCCUACCUACUCUACUUCUGGAGCCGCUCUGGAGCUUCUUUUACAUCUAAAAGCUGGUGGCAGACUGCAGAGGCGGGUGGUGCGGCAGACAAGAAGAGGAGAGGCUGCAAUGAGCAUGGCCCAAUCAGACGGUUCAAAUGUCCCGGCCGAUGGCCCAGCAUUGCGGAGGCUGGCAGAGAGGCAGACGCGGAUAUUGGACCGCAUUGCCGACCUUGAGCUAAUCAUGAAGGAGCUUAGACGGCCAGGCUCUUUUUGUGCAGAAGCUUCAACCAUGAGGGAAAAUGCUGCAAAAGGUACGCAGGAUGCGGAAGCAGCCUCUCGGCAGAAAAGUCCGCCUGAUCUUCGAGACUCAGUUGGCAGGCAUGUGGACUUGGCUGCUGUCAGCACAAUUGAGCGGCCAGAUCACGCUGGGACAUCGCAGGACGAAGCACAAACUAAGCGGGAUAUCUCGGAGCAGUUUACAAGGUCGGAGACAGGGGCAAACGGUCUACAAAGCGAAGCACCAAAGAUUGCGCUUCCAGUAGACAAAGGCAGUGAAUCAAAUGGUGCUGCAGCAAAGCCCGAUGGGCUGAGCGCUCAUACAAAUGCGGAGGAGGGUGAAACGUCAUGCACCACGCGACAGAGGUUGGAAAAGAUCUGCCGAUCGCUGGGUUGUCAAACCGUGCGAUUCAAGGCUGUUCCAGAAGACUACUAUGAGAGGAGCCUCGAGGAGCGGCGAGACCUGCUGGGGGCGCCUUCGGUUGACCACCUGUGCAAGAGCAUAGUCAUGACGAAUACGCAGGCGCCCGCCGAUGUUGUCAACUGCAGCAAUCCGAGGAACUCCAAGUAUUAUGUCGUGGUCGUCCAGUAUGUUGCGAAGCUGAACACAGAGAAACUAAAGAACUUCGUUUAUGGUCUGAACGAGGGCAAGCUUCCCAAAAAGCGGAUCAACAUGCGGCUUGCGCCAUCUGAAGUGUCCGACGAGUUGACCGGCUACACGCACAACAGCGUCACUCCGUUUGGCAUGAGGACCGACAUUCCGGUCAUCCUGUCUGACGCCAUCACGACUUUGUCGCCACCGUUCUUCUGGCUUGGGGCCGGAGAAGUGGAUCUGAAACUAGGGCUCGAAGUGUCGGAGUUUGUUGAUGCAAUCAAGCCGUUCAUUGCCGACUGCACUUGACAAAUCUGUCGUUCUUAUUACACUUCGGCAUUGAGAAAAGCCGACUUUUUGGGUGCUUAUUCCAGCAUGGGCUAAGGCUCCACACAUCGGCCAUCAUUGCAUCCUUUACAAAGCUUGUCAAUUCUGCGGACGGGCAUCCUAGAUAAGAGUGGUG